AUGACGUCGCCAAAGGGCAAGCCGUCGCCGAAGCGUAGUGCGCCUGCUCCCGCAACUGCAGCUCUUACCCCAUGCGCAGAAGAACGCACGGAGGGUGCCACCAGCAGCGCCAGUGCGAGCGCGAGCAGCCACAUCAGUUCCAGCUUCGAUAGCCCCCGCGACGACACGGUGGUGCUCACUGGGUACACAGCCGAGAGCGAGCACAGCGCGCACGGCUACGAGCGCCUUCACGACAUUAUCCUGCAAGGCAGCGACACCGACGCCGACAGCGAGGAUGGCAGGGCGAACGAGGAUGAUGUCAUCCUCUUCCCGCACGCUGAGGAGCUCUCGAACGCCGCUGCCGGUGUCGGCGGUGAUGACGACAACGGCCGUGUAGUGCGUCUGGGAACGACACAGCACCUCGACGAGUCGGACAGCAGCGAGGACGAGCCGACGCUGAACCGCGUCGGCGACAUUCCGCUGGAGUGGUACAAGGAUGAGGACCACAUCGGCUACGACAUCGAGGGUAAGAAGCUCAUGAAGAAGGAGCGAUCUGCGCUGGAGCGGCUGCUGGAGGCGACGGACGAUCCAAACGCGAUGCGCACCAUCUACGACGCCCUGCACGACGAGAAGAAGACGCUGUCGAACGCUGACUUGCAACUCAUCUUCAACCUGCAGCGCAACCGCACAACGAACCCCAACUACGAUAUGUACUCGGAGGUGCAGGAGGACACAGUCGUCUUUGAUCCGCUCAACCACCCGCUCGCCCGCAGUGGUGGCCCGUCGAAGAAGGCGUUCGUGCCGGCACUGCACGACAUGAAGGUGAUCGCAAAGAUGGUGCGGCGCCUGCGCAAGGAGGAAGCGGAGCGCAGGCUGCGCCCGGCCAAGGAAGAGAAGGAGGAAGAAGAUCAGCUUCUCUGGGACGACAGCCACGUGGAGAUGGACACGCACACGCACUUCAAGUACUUCAACCGCAUUCCAAAGCCGAAGCUUCCGCCGCCGGGCACGUUCGAGAGUUACCGCCCACCGCCUGAGUACCUGCCGAGUGAGCGGGCAAAGCAGCGCCAGGCUCGCCUGCGCACCAUCGAUCGCAAGGAGCACUUUCUGCCGCAGUCCUUCGACGCCUUGCGCCACGUUCCCUUCUAUCACCACACCAUCCAAGAUCGCUACCAGCGCUGCCUCGACCUCGCUUUCUUCCCUCGUGCGCAGCGCACGCGUCUUGUGGUGGACCCUGACAAGCUGCUGCCGGAGCUGCCGGACCCGAAGGACCUGCGGCCGUACCCGGAGAAGCUCUCCUUUCACUACAAGGGGCACACAGCGACAGUGCGUAGCGUGUCGGUGAGCCCGAAUGGGCAAUACCUCGCAACCGGCUGUGACGACCAUCUCGUGCGCGUCUUCGAGGUGCAGACGGGCCGUCUCAUGAAGCGGUACGACAUGGGGGCGCCAGUGCAGCAGGUGGAGUUCUGCCCCUCCACGUCCCUCAACAUCCUCGCUGUCGCGGUGGAGUACAGCCUCGUGUUCAUUGUGCCGACCUUCGCGGCUCAUACCCUGGUGAACGACCACACGAUUCGCUUCCUGCGCGCACCAGGGCUGUCGGCGGGUCAGCGGGAGGCGGCGCACGCGCUUGGUGCUGUGGACACGCUCGGCGGUCGCGCGGUGACGCAGACGGCACUCGACGCGGACGAGACGGCGCACGAGGCGACGGCCGACCUGCACGAUAUCGAGGAGCGCGAGAAGCGCGCCGAGUUUGUCGAUGCCAGCGCUAAGGAGCGCAAUGCAGGUAUCGUGGUGAAGAUCGCGAUGCACGCCAAGGUGAAGAAGUUCUGCUUCCACAUCAAGGGCGACUACCUGUGCGCUCUGUGUCCCAAGGAUCACGUGAAGUACCGCCAGACAAUCAUGCUUCAGCUCUCGAAGCGCAAGGUAUUCUGUCCGUUCCGCAAGUUCUCUGAAGUUGUCACGGACUGCCGCUUCCACCCGCGGGAGCCCAUCUUCUUCCUCGCGACGACCAACUCCGUGCGGUGUUACAACCUUAUGGCGCACCGGCUGCAGCGGCGCUUCAAGGCCUCAGGCGGUGUCACGACGUGCCUGUCCAUCCAUCCCGAGGGCGACAACUUCCUCGUCGGUGACACGACCAGUCACACGUCGUGGUUUGACAUGGACUUCUCCGACAAGCCGUACAAGCGGAUGCGCUCGCACAAGGGCGUCGUGAACGCGCUCGCCUUUCACCCCAAAACGAACGCCUACCCGCUCUUCGCCACGGGCGCCUCGGAUGGCCAGGUGCACGUGUUUCACGGCAUGGUGUACGACGACUACAACAAGAACGCGCUGGUCGUGCCAGUGAAGAUCCUGAAGCAUCAGCGGCCGGUGUACGCUGUGGCGUGGCAUCCCACGCUUGCGUGGCUCUUUACGUCCACCGAAGACGGCGUGGUGACGGCGUGGACAGAGUGA